AUGAGGGGUUACCAGUUCUACAUGGAGGGAAAUGUGAAAAACAUAGAGAUUGCAAAGAAACACAACACUGUGAAAGCAAAAGUUCUCCCAAGCAUGAAGCAAAAGAAAUACACCACCAUCAUUGCCUUCCAAGAACAGCCAAGUCCACAGAGCAGCAUGCUCUUGCCCAGCAGGGUGACUGAAAAGACAGGGCCAGGUGGACUCGGCAAAUGUAAUCACAUCGGUGGCAUACUGUUUGCAACCGAAGCCUUCAAUAAAACAGAUCUAAGAGAGCAGCCGACACCCGUGCCAUCCACAGGAAGACUGUGUGUUUGGAAUUUGCCCCGUAAUGUUAAGGUGGAAGCACAAGAAAUCACUGACGUCAAGAUCGGGAAGAUCAGUUAUGGAAAGGACACUAAGUUUCUGAAAACCAAACACUACGAUCCACGAGCACCCCAUCAGCGAGAUGUGGACAAGAAUGCCUUGGCUACAUUCAGGCAAGAGGUGCAGUCCAUUGCGCCUGGAUCUAUGUUUCUGCUUUAUCCGAAAAAGUCCAGUGCAACCUCAGCCGCCACUAACACAUGUCAGCCCAGUACAACCCCAGCUGCCACCAACACCUGUCAGCCCAGUGCAACCUCAGCUGCCACCAAUGCCUGUCAGCCCAGUGCAACCUCAGCUGCCACCAACAUCUGUCAGCCCAGUGCAACCUCAGCCGCCAGCAACACUUGUCAGCCCAGUGCAACCUCAGCUGCCACCAACACCUGUCAGUCCAGUGAAACCUCAGCCGCCACCAACACCUGUCAGUCCAGUGAAACCUCAGCCGCCAACUGUCAGUCGAGCCAUCCAGCAUCUACGAACACCAGCAGUCAUGACUUACCAGACCUUCCCUUUAAUGACCAUUAUAACUUUUCUACCAGACCAUUUGUGGAAAUGAUGGACACUUACAUGCGUACAACAACACUCACGAAAGAAAAACAGAUGGAGAUAGAGGAGGAAACAAGAGGGCAAUCCAGCAGCAAUGCUUGGAGGGAAGUAAGACAGGAAAAACUGACAGCAUCUAACUUCAAAUCUGCGAUCAGCUGUACAGUGGAGCCAUCCAACAAAAUAAAAGCUAUGAUAUACAACAACUUCUCUACUGCAGCAACAGCAUAUGGGAACCGUAAUGAGGCUGUUGCAGUUGAGGAGUAUGUUGACCUCAUUCAAGAGGAGCACCCUGGGGCACAGUGUAUAGAAGCUGGACUCAUUCUAUCAUUUGAGAGACCAUGGCUGGGUGCGUCAGUUGAUAGGCUUGUCAUGAAAGAUGGUCACAACAUAGGAGGCCUUGAGGUAAAAUGCCCGUUCUCCAAACAAGGGCUCUCAGCGGAGGAUGCAAGUCAGGAGUGCAUCAAAACGUUUUUGUUUACUUUAUUUGUAUAGAAGGCAGUAUUCCCUCACGUACUUUGUUAGCAAGCAGUUAAAAGGCUUUUAAUCCACUCUGGCGAUAUAUAUUUGAAGUGGGCAACAUUUCUCUGGUGCAGUUAGACGGAAAACAAGUACUUAUUUCGAACCCUGAAUCUGAAUAAAGCGUACAACACCGCUACUUCAGCGAAUGAGGUUCGAAGGAAACGGUAGAUUUAAAAACAUCUUAUGCGGCCAGUAAGAAUCGCAUAACUGUGUAAUGAAAUUGGUAAAUAGUUUCUUAAGAUGACCUGUGUUUAUGCAAAACGAUAACACAGCAACAAAUUAGAUGGGAUCUGAAUACCAGAAACCCCCUUUAGCCCCUCUCCUAGCCAGCGACGAGGAUUUCUACAUGUCUGCCGUUCCACCUCUGGCCUGGGGAUGGGUUUACUGUACCUUUUCAGAACACAGUAAAAAUCACGAAAAAACACAAAACGUAGCACGAAAAAUAUCGUAUCACACACAUUUUUUCCCUGUUCAAUGAGACAACUGUGUUGGAGAUAUGCGGGUCUAAAAAACGUGCAUCUGUUGUUUGGUAAUCGAAGACGCGUGGGUCAUACCAACCCUUCCGCCGCUUAGAACGGGGGUAGUAGGUGGGGAAUGCUGAGGCAGAUGUCUUGGGUAUAAUGUAGGACAUGUCUGUACAGUAUAUCAAGACUUGAUCAUUGCUAGCCCAGACACAGUAUUAUAGCAUUUAUUCACUCCAAGUAAUUUGAAAUUUGUUACCGUGAAAGGCAUUAUGCCCUGUUACAUUAUUUCCCCUGAUGGGCAUUUUGGUCUGGUACAAAGAAAGUCUUCCUUAACCAUUGCUAUACUACCAUCGCAAGGUACUUCAGUCUUCCUGGAGAUGGCCAGGCCCGGACCUCGUGUCAAAAUGCAAUGAUACAACAAGCAAACCAGACGAGGUAUA